UGCGAGUGGACGUCACUGGGAGCGCGUGAUGCAGAGGCCGGUCACGUGACAGAGCGCAGCCGUGGAACCGGUUCCUGGUUCCUCAGUCAAUCAGGAAAUAGUGCUCAGGGCAGGGGGAGAGCGGGGAGCGGACAGACACCGACCGACCGGGGGUAACAGGGCAACACAGCAACCGCGGGGAGCAGGACAGGGGAACUCAGGGAUCGGGCACACACCGGGAACAGCCAUGGCUUCCUUGUUUAAGAAGAAAACCGUGGACGGUGAGUCACCUGCACCCUUCAAUAUACUGUGCCCCCCUCUAACAUACUGUGCCCCCACAUCUUCUAUACACUGCCCCCCUCUGUCUGAAAUACUGUGCCCCCCACUCAUUAUAUACACUGUGCCCCCCACUCAAUAUAUACACUGUGCCCCCCACUCAAUAUAUACACUCUGCCCCCCACUCAUUAUAUACACUCUGCCCCCCCACUCAUUAUAUACUCUUACUCAUUAUAUACGCAUGCCCCCCACUCAUUAUAUACACUGUACAUUAUAUUGCCCCCCACUCAUUAUAUACUGUGCCCCCCACUAACUAUAUACACUGUGCCCCACUCAUUAUAUACACUGUGCCCCCACUCAAUAUAUACACUGUGCCCCCCCCACUCAAUAUAUACACUCUACCCCCACUCAUUAUAUACACUCUGCCCCCCUCAUUAUAUACCUCUGCCCCCCCUCAUUAUAUACACUGUGCCCCCCACUAACUAUAUACACUGUGCCCCCCACUCUAUAUACACUGUACUACUCAUUAUAUACUGUGCCCCCCACUAACUCAUAUAUAUACUCAUUAUACUGUGCCCCCACUCAUUAUAUACACUCUGCCCCCCUCAUUAUAUACUGUGCCCCACUAACUAUACACUGUGCCCCACUCAUUAUAUACACUGUGCCCCCACUCAUUAUAUACACUGUACUACUCAUAUACACUGUACUUUACUCAUUAUAUACACUGUGCCCCCCACUCAUUAUAUACAUGCCCCACUCAUUAUAUACACUGUAUAUAUACACUGUGCCCACUAACUAUAUACACUGUGCCCCACUCAUUAUGUACACUGUGCCCCCCACUCAUUAUAUGCACUGCCCCCUCUGUUUAAAAUACUGUGCCCCCCACUCAUUAUAUACACUGCCCCCUCUGUCUAAAAUACUGUGCCCCACUCAUUAUAUACACUGCCCCCUCUGUCUAAAUCUGUGCCCCCUCGUAUAUACACCACCUCUUAUGUAAAAUACUGUGCCCCCACUCAUUAUACACACUGCCCCUCUCUGUGUAAAAUACUGUGUCCCCACUCAUUAUAUACACUGCCCCCCUCUGUGUAAAAUACUGUGCCCCCACAUCGUCUAUACACUUCCCCCUCUGUCUAAAAUAUUGUGCCCCCACUCAUUAUAUACACUGCCACCUUCUGUGUAAAAUACUGUGCCCCCCACUCAUUAUAUACACUGCCCACCUCUCUCUAAAAUACUUUGCCCCCUAUGUCUAAAAUACUGUGUCCCCACUCAUUAUAUAGACUGCCCUCCUCUGUCUAAAAUAAUGUGCCCUCACUGUCUAAAGUACCAUGCCCCCACCAUUUCUAUAGACUGUCACCCACUAUCUAAAUACUGUGGCCCCACUUCUUGUAUAGCAAACACCCCAGUUGCCCUUAACUCCUUUGCACACAGCUUCCUCAGUCUGAAAUGCUGACACUCUCUCUAUCCAGAAUGCUAUGUCCUCACCUUUUCUGUACACUGCCCCCUGUCCAAAAUACUGUUCCUCCACCUCUUCUACAGACUGCCUACUCAAUUCUAAAUGUUGUACCCCCUUCUCUAACAGAGAGCACAUCCUCUUUCCAAAAUACUGUGCCCCCAACUCUUCUAUAGGCAAUUUCCUCUUUCCAAAAAGCUGUCCUCACCUUUUCUAUAAUCUGUCCCUCUGUACAAACUACUGUUUGCACCUUUCUUGGGUUCAUUUACCCUCAAUAUCUUAUAUACUGAAUCCCCUUACACUUAUUUAGUCUCCCAGUUUUUAGUCUUGGACUUGACUGAAAGAAUGUUGAGAAUGCAAGAUUCUCUCCAUACUUGCUUAACCCAGAUUGUAUAUAUACUGUCUGUGCAGCCAGUCACCCUCCUUUCUGCUUAGACUCCAAGGCUGUCAUUGUGAAUUCAUCCUCUCUGCACUAUGUGCUUGUCUGGCUCCCCACUCUUGCCAACCUGUUUAUGUCUAGGAGCUUUCUUUAUGUCUGCUAUGCUCAUCUGAUUCUUGUCGGUUAUCCGUGUGAUUUUGUGCUUUGUUGCUUUCUUUGUGUCUAAAAAUAGGUCACAGCUUCUUAUUCUGAAUUUAAAACAAUUGUCUUGCUUUAGAUUUUGUACUUUAUUGAAGAACAAUGUUUUAUAUCUAGCUGUUAUUAGUUGGGUAAUGGAUACAUGAAAUUCAUCCACUGUGUUCAUAUCUCUAGUUAUAUCUCCCUUUUAGUAAGCACUGCUUAUCUAGUUAUAUACACUAUACUUGGGGUAUCUUAUUUUUUAUAAAAAAAACUUACAAUAAUUAUAUUGUGCCAAACAGUUAAUGCAUGUGAGUAAUGCUUCUUUUUCUACAGCCUGACUUUGCUUUUCAAUGAGACUUAUAAGGUUAACACUAGAAAAUGUUUUCUCCAAAAGAUUCCCUGUUGCAUAGAAUAGUCACCCAGCAGAGAAGGUAUUUAUAAAUACAGUGGAUUAAUUAAUUAAGCUUGCACUAUACAUGCAGCUUUUUUAUGGAAAUAGAAUCCAAUAAUAAAGUGUGUGUUUUCAGAAAUACUAAUUUUACAGAGUAGACAAUGCUGUUCUUUCUCUCUGAAUGCGAUUUUCUUUCUUUUUUUAACUCAAACAGCAAGUUCUUGGCAUUGCUGAGAUUAUUCGUAUAAUUACGUGAAUGUACUAUCAUUGCGCAGCAAAUUAAGAUAGCUUAUUCUUAGAUAUUAAAGCAAUAAUUACUUCCAGCUAUCUAGCUGUAUACACACUGAAAAAUGUAAAACAAAUGUGUAAUUUCCCCUUUAAGUUCUUCAUUAGUCUUCCAGGUACCAGACACUCCUUGCCUCUCACCUAUACUAGUUUAAAGUUCUAUUUUUAGAAACUUGAAUACAGGAAGAGACGCAAUGACAUCAGUUACGUGAGGCACUGGUCAGGUGAUCGAAAAAGAGGUUGAUCCCAAAUAUUGACUCAUUCAGUGAAUGACGCACUCGUAUCAUGCAUAUUAUUGUGCACGUGGUUAAAUAAGGAUUAAUGCAAUCAAAGCACUGUCUAAUUAUGUUAAAUAAAAUGUAAAGACUACUAUACUUAUGUAGUCUUCAAAUUACUGAUCUGGUAGCGAGCAGGAAAAAAAAAAAGUAUUGGAUAAUCUUUUCCAAUAUUGUCAUUUUUGUUGAUUAACAGUAAAUAUUAUUGGAAUGCCUCUUCAAAAACCUGUUGUCAUAGAAAAGUGACAUGAUCACAUUUAAACAAACCAAAACAUACUGCUUGUCUGACACUCAUAAAACACUCUAAAUUAUUCCAUAGCUUUUUAAGCCUAAUGACAUCUAGUCUAGGUAGCACUUACUACAUUGGAUAUUGUAGUAAGUCCAGAAUCACAUUGCCACAGUGCAGUCCAGCUUAGGAAGAACACAAUACCAUUUUUACAUUUUAGUUAAAUUGUCUUUGUUAAAGGUGAUUGUGAUAUAGUGUAAAGCUAGAGCCACAACGAUUUACCAACGUACAUAAAAAUAUUCACUUAAAAUGUUCACGUUCAUUCUAAUGUUUUGUUAUGCUGCUCAAUCAAACUUCUACUUUGGGAAGAUGUGCAUACAUUUAAAGUUCAUGUGCCAUGUUAAAACUGCAGCAUCUAUCUCAAAGGAAGGCUAGAAGCAGACACACUGGAACAUUUAGGAGGGGGCUAAUUGUGUUGCAGUCUGCAGCAGCUUCUAUUUAUGUCAGUUCAGUAUCAGCAAUGGGAUAAAUGAAUCUAAUAUCUGUGAUAUUGUGGUUUGGCCAAAUACAGCCUGUAAAAUAACUGCAGAUGGAAUGUAACGCUAUGUUUUUUUCCUUAUGUUGUGAUAAUUAAAUCUCAAAAAGAAAGCUAUAGCAGGUCUUUACAAAUUUGACUUCAUCUUCUGAGUUUUCCCAGGAUUUUAUGAACCAGGAUUGUUGUCACGUUGAGAAGAAUGUCAUGUUGUGCAUAAACCUCAGCAGGAACACACAUAAUUUAAGGAACACUCCAAGCAUCAGAACUACUCCAGCCUGUAUUGGUAAUGGUGCUAGGAGUACCAUGGUGUCAAACCAUUUAAGAACGGUUAGACCACUUACUAGGGGUCUACAGUCUAUUCUCAGCUGCCUCCUCUGCCCUGAAAGCUCCUGCAUCGAUCUAAGCUCAGUCAGUUGACACUCAGUAAUGAGUUUGUGGAGCUAAUGGAAACACCUUGCAGGAGCUUCUGGCUCCAGAGGGGCAGCAGUACAUGCUUGGCAAACCUCAGAUAAGUUGACAAACCAUUUCUAAAUGACUUGCUUACACUGGUAGUGGUGGCACCAGGGCACACCUGGCAUCAGAACCACUACAGAGCCUCUUAAAAUUGGAAUCGUUUUAAGACAGUUGUUGAUAAAUGCUAGUAAAACAUGAUGCCUAGUAAUUUAUCUUUUUCCUUCACAUCCAAAUAUUAAACAGCGUGCACCAUGUUGGUAGGUACAUACCGGUAGCAGAAAGGAUGAGUUAAAUAAGCUUUUAUUUCUUUUUUUCGACUGUCCGCACACCCUUCGUUCGUUUACCAAACCAACUUUGUUUGGUCCCCUUGUUAACUACUCAUAAUCACCGACCACCCCUGGCUGUUAACCACAAAUUAGCAAUUAGUUCAAGUGCUUUCUCUGUGCCGUUUUGUCUCUCUAACGCAGGUAGCGGUACAUGGUCGUCGAGUGUGUGGAACUGUAUGUCGGCUAUGCAACCCCGUGAAUAACCGGGAAACUUGUACCGCUGCCCGUCCAACUUCCCGAACAGUUAGGAGAAUGGCGUUCAGGAUACAGGAACUACUUAACAGGGGGAGCAUUCACACCCUAUCAGCCAGAGGGGAUCAUUCGUCAGUGUUCAUAUGGAUACCUGUGAAAGAUGACUGGUCGUUGCAUUGUUUUCUGUGGAACUAUUUAUUGACAUCACCUCAUAGUCGACCGGUCAAAACUUCAUUCCAAUGGCGAUCCCAAUCAACCGAAGGGAUCUGAGCGCUAUUUCAACAAAGUGUGCGCUCAGACUUCUGAGGGGAUAUAUGACUUUUGUUGGAUUUUGGUAUUAUUUUGAUGUAUUUUGUAAUAUUUUAUGUUCGUUCCUGUAACAGAGAUAAUUUAGUUAUCUUAUAUUGGGUUCAAAUAUCUCUCAGACACAGACUACUAUUAGGGGCCGUGCAUAAAAGCCAUGUGUGGCCAAAUAAAGCGCAGUUGACUCCCAGAGCUAUGUGUCUUAUAGUUACUGGGGCAAAGAUAUUUGGUUAUUACAGUGCUUCUUUCAGCUUUGAGGAAGGAGCAGCGGAGAUACCUAGCUGUAGUAUCGGAGCUCCGCUACAAUACCUUACAUUUCUUCACUUCCCCCCACUCUCCGUCACAGCAUACUAUGAUGUAGACACAAUUGCGGCUACAAUAGCAUUCACAUAAAAUUGUGAAUGGAGUGGUCAGAAAACAGUUGGUUGUAAUGCUGCUGCCAUUAGUUUUGACAGCAGUUAACUGACUGGAACUGAUGCCAGUUGAUGAACUACAUGUCAUGGCUGUUGUUUUACGGGUUAGUUUCCAGUGCCAGUGGGGCAUACAGAGUUGGUUGAGCUACAGAUGGAGUGUCAGGCUGGUUGUGGGAACGCUGGAUAGAAGUCAAUAAAGAUUGGUAGAUAAAAAUAAUAGGUUUUGAGUGAAUGAGAUUUGAGAGGGAGUUAAAUAACCUGUAGUAAAAUGUGCAUUUUACGAUUAUGCCAGUAGAAGUGUUUUUUGAUAUUUUUUUGUUUUUCCUUUCAACUUUUCUGAUUAUCCUUGUAUCUUAAAAGAAUACUAUAAGCUGCAUAGCCACUACAAUAUUGCCGUGGUUCCCCUCUGCCUUGUAAGUAAUUAGUAAUAAAUAGUCACACCAUUUGCCAACAAUUUGACAACUUACUGGGGGUCUCCCAUCCACCAAUCCGCUCCUCUAUGCUAUCUGGAUGCUCUCUGCAUUAAGCUAUCCCAAUUUGUGCUGCACUUGGUUAUUGACGGAGAACAAUCAGCUGAUUCUCUUAGCUGAAGAGCUUGAUCUGGAUGGGUCAAAAGGACUACAGGAACUCCUAGCUGGAGCCUCCAGUUCUUUAUGUGAAUUGACUGGCACCCAGCAUACCCCAGAUAGGCUGUUAAGAGUGUGGGUAAAUUACUUUGGCAACUGAAAGGAACACUCCAGGCACUCUAGAUAUCACUACACUUUUGAUGGUGUGACUACUUACUGCCAGGCACUAUUCUCCUCCUCUUCUGCCAUCUGCCGAGCUUGAGGUAUGCCCUAAGCUUAUUGACUGAGCGCGUCAGUUGGUGGUUCUCAGCCAACAAACUAACUAAAGUUCAUGCUGAGGAACUUCAGUCUCUCGGCUGAUUUGUAGUGGAGGCAGGAGCGGUGCUUGGCAAACCACAUGUGAGAUCUCAAACCCUUCAAAAAUGGUUUUAUGCCUUAAGAUAGGUGGAGGGGGUGCCAGGACACUCCUGGCAUCAUAACUAUUAUAGUGAGCUGAAGUGUGUUUUUUUUUGUUUUUGUUUUUUUAUUAUUAAUUUACAUUCUGGGCACCAACACAAUUGCAUUUGUCUGAAAAUCUUGGUAGAUUUGCUCUGGCUUUAGAACUUUUUUAGUGCUUGUGUUUUUGUUAAUAGUCUGUACAUGUAAUUCAAAGCUAAACCUCUAGUAAUGAUGGUCUUGACAAAUGCAUGGUUCUAUAUCUUAAGGAUAAUGAAGAAAUGGAAAUCAACAUUGAGACUUUCCCUACCUGAUUUGACCUUAUGGUCUGUAUGGGAGCAUGCUUUUUGCUCUUACUGUAAAAGUAGAGUCAGCUUGUUACAUCUAGACACAAAGCUCUCUGACAUGAUACAACUUGUAUGAGAGUGGAUCCUAGAAUCGUUUUCUGCUAUAGUAGAAUUCAGAGACACCAGUCCUAUUAAAACCAGAAACUGGUUAGAAACUGUAUGUGCUGCGUUUCAGCUUAAAAUGCAACUCAUCCAGAGACAUUUGCAGUGUUGUGCUGAGGGCCAGUUGCACCCCUGGCACACAUGAUUUAUGCAGCCCUGGAACUCUGACAAUUCUAUGCAAAAAAUACUCUGCUUCUACCCUUACAGGCAGUUCCCCUGAAAGGGGGAGCUUCAAUGUCCCCUUCUUACCUCUCCUCCCCCACUUCCCUUCAGUAAAAGUUAUUCUGUUUUAAAGUUUUUUAUAUCCCCUACCAUCAUCAAUAUCCGCCCCUCCUGCACACGUAUGUGCUUUGAGCUAGUGAUACGGUCUAAGAGUGGGACCUAAUGAAAAAUGCCCAGUAACGACUUAUUUUUUACAAAAGACUUAAAGAAACCCUUUAAUCUUCUCACUGCUGACUGAAGUGAGCAGUGAGAGUCAAAUGUAUGUGUGCAUAUUGUGUGUGUGUAAUUGACUGAUAUAGUGAUUGGGGAGAUUUAUCAAAGUGUUGCUGACACUUUUCCGUCUGUGACAUUUUGGCAAUUUAUUAAAUCUGCCGGAUUUUUCCAUCUGUUGCAUUUUUUGCACCCUAACCCUCAUAUUUUAAUACUGUACAGGGAGUGCAGAAUUAUUAGGCAAAUUAGUAUUUUGACCACAUCAUCCUCUUUAUGCAUGUUGUCUUACUCCAAGCUGUAUAGGCUCGAAAGCCUACUACCAAUUAAGCAUAUUAGGUGAUGUGCAUCUCUGUAAUGAGAAGGGGUGUGGUCUAAUGACAUCAACACCCUAUAUCAGGUGUGCAUAAUUAUUAGGCAACUUCCUUUCCUUUGGCAAAAUGGGUCAAAAGAAGGACUUGACAGGCUCAGAAAAGUCAGAAAUAGUGAGAUAUCUUGCAGAGGGAUGCAGCACUCUUAAAAUUGCAAAGCUUCUGAAGCGUGAUCAUCGAACAAUCAAGCGUUUCAUUCAAAAUAGUCAACAGGGUCGCAAGAAGCGUGUGGAAAAACCAAGGCGCAAAAUAACUGCCCAUGAACUGAGAAAAGUCAAGCGUGCAGCUGCCACGAUGCCACUUGCCACCAGUUUGGCCAUAUUUCAGAGCUGCAACAUCACUGGAGUGCCCAAAAGCACAAGGUGUGCAAUACUCAGAGACAUGGCCAAGGUAAGAAAGGCUGAAAGACGACCACCACUGAACAAGACACACAAGCUGAAACAUCAAGACUGGGCCAAGAAAUAUCUCAAGACUGAUUUUUCUAAGGUUUUAUGGACUGAUGAAAUGAGAGUGAGUCUUGAUGGGCCAGAUGGAUGGGCCCGUGGCUGGAUUGGUAAAGGGCAGAGAGCUCCAGUCCGACUCAGACGCCAGCAAGGUGGAGGUGGAGUACUGGUUUGGGCUGGUAUCAUCAAAGAUGAGCUUGUGGGGCCUUUUCGGGUUGAGGAUGGAGUCAAGCUCAACUCCCAGUCCUACUGCCAGUUCCUGGAAGACACCUUCUUCAAGCAGUGGUACAGGAAGAAGUCUGCAUCCUUCAAGAAAAACAUGAUUUUCAUGCAGGACAAUGCUCCAUCACACGCGUCCAAGUACUCCACAGCGUGGCUGGCAAGAAAGGGUAUAAAAGAAGAAAAUCUAAUGACAUGGCCUCCUUGUUCACCUGAUCUGAACCCCAUUGAGAACCUGUGGUCCAUCAUCAAAUGUGAGAUUUACAAGGAGGGAAAACAGUACACCUCUCUGAACAGUGUCUGGGAGGCUGUGGUUGCUGCUGCACGCAAUGUUGAUGGUGAACAGAUCAAAACACUGACAGAAUCCAUGGAUGGCAGGCUUUUGAGUGUCCUUGCAAAGAAAGGUGGCUAUAUUGGUCACUGAUUUGUUUUUGUUUUGUUUUUGAAUGUCAGAAAUGUAUAUUUGUGAAUGUUGAGAUGUUAUAUUGGUUUCACUGGUAAUAAUAAAUAAUUGAAAUGGGUAUAUAUUUGUUUUUUGUUAAGUUGCCUAAUAAUUAUGCACAGUAAUAGUCACCUGCACACACAGAUAUCCCCCUAACAUAGCUAUAACUAAAAACAAACUAAAAACUACUUCCAAAAAUAUUCAGCUUUGAUAUUAAUGAGUUUUUUGGGUUCAUUGAGAACAUGGUUGUUGUUCAAUAAUAAAAUUAAUCCUCAAAAAUACAACUUGCCUAAUAAUUCUGCACUCCCUGUAUAUGUUAUUUUAUUUCAUUUUUACAGGCAAAUUAAUUUAUGAAUAUUUCUGCCAAUUUUUACAACUGGUGGUAUUUUUUUGCCACUAUAAAUUUUGCUGUCUUGAUAUGGAAAUUUUUGAAUUGACUCUUACUUUCUAUGCUUUUGCUCCUGGCAGCUGGUUAUGUCUCUCCAAACCAUUCAUCUCACACUCUCUUAACGUACUUGCUUUAACUGAAACUUGGCUCUCUCCUUCUGACACAGCUACUCUUGCCUCAUUAUCCUAUGGUGGUCUACAGUUUACGCACAACCCCAUGCAAUAAACCCACCCUUAUCCUUGGUAGCCUCAAAACUUAUUUCAAUCACCUCCUCCUUUGGCCUAUCGCAAUGGGCUAAUUCUCCCAGAUAUGUAGCUGGCAAUACUCUAGAUCUUAUUUUUUAAAAUGCAUGCUCCGUCUCCAAUCUCUGUAAUACUCCAUUUCCUCUACCAGACCACCACCUACUAUCAUUUGUUCUUGAGUGCCCUCACACCCAAUAUCAUCAACCUAAUCCCCCUCAACUCAGGAGGAAUUUAAUUCUCUUGAUCUCCAGCAGCUCUCAACUGUAAUCCAUUCUGAACUCUCAUCCAUCCCUACCCUCUUCCGUCCCUCUCUGGCUAUCUCCUCAUAACACUACUCUCACCUCUAGACGCUGCAGCCCCACUCCAGGCACGCACUCCAAUCGUGGCUCACUAAGUCAAUACGCUACCUGCAGAGAUGCUCCUGUACAGCUGAACACUGCUGAAGGAAGGCCUGCACCUUGUCAGACUUCCUCCCUUAUAAAUUAAUUUUGUCUUCAUAUAGCACAGUCCUCACUCUUACUAAGCAAUCCUACUUUUCAUCUCUCAUUUGUUUAUGCUCACACAAUCCCAGUCGUCGCCCACCUCAAGCCACCCUUCAAACUGACCUUUCAGCAGAUAGCCUUGCAUGCUACUUUACCGACAAGAUUAAACAGCUAAGGAAAGAAUUCUCCCCCCUUUGCUCCACACAUCGACUGUACCUUCCCUUCACUACAGACCUUCUUCCCAGCUACAGAACAGGAGGUGACUUCUCCUCUCGUCUAACCACCUGUCCACUUGAUCCAGUACCUUCCCACCUUAUCAGAUCUCUCUCCCCUUGUCUUGUACCAUCCUUAACACACAUCCCAAACUGCUCUCUUUCAUCUGGUGUUGUCCCUGCUCCCCUUAAACAUGCUUCUGUCAUACCCAUCCCAGAUAAGCCAUCCCUAGACCCAUCUUCCCAUUCCAACUAUUGUCCCAUAUCCCUGCUUCCUUUUGUCCUCAAAACUUCUAGAAAGACUUGUCUUGACUCAUAUGUCUCACUUCCUAAAUUCAAACUCCCUCCUCGAUCCUCUUCAUUCUGGCUUUCGCCCCCCUCCACUCUACUAAGACUGCUCUUAUUAAAGUUACAAAUGACCUAACCACAGCUAAAUUCAAAGGCCACUACAAUACUCAUUCUUCUUGACCUUUCUGCUGCUUUUGACACUGUUGAUCAUGGCCUCCUUCUCCUAACUCUUCAAUCUUUUGGUCUCUGUGACACAACCAUCCCAAUGUUCCUUCAGUGUCUCUUUUUCUAAUGACACCUCCUCUCCUCGUCCUGUCUCAGUUGGAGUCCUUCAAGGUUCAGUUCUUGGUCCAGUUCUUGGUCUAUACUGCCUCUCUUGGCAAAAUCAUUAAUUCAUAUGGUUUCCACUACCACCUGUAUACCGAUGACACCCAGAUAUGCCUCUCCUCCCCUGACCUCUCUCCUGCUGUCCAACAAUGUGUCACCAAUUGCCUCUUUUUUCUAUCUCUGAUUGGAUGUCCUCCCGCUUUCUGAAACUCAAUAUCUGUAAAAACUGAGUUUCUUAUUUUUCCUCCUCAUAACACUGAUACUCCUCCUUCACUCUGCCUGCAAGUUGACGGUACCUGCCUCACCCCAUCCUUUCAAGCUCGCUGUCUUGGUGUCCCGUUUGAUCCUGACUUCACCUUUGCGCCUCAUGUCCAGUCUGUUGCUAAAACCUGUUGAUUCCAACUUAAAAACAUUGCCUGCAAACGCCCCUUUCUUACGCAAGAUGCUGCCAAGGAGCUUUUUCAUGAUCUAGUAAUCUUGCAUGGAUUACUGUAAUUCUCUCCGAAUUGGUCUCCCAAGAAGCCAUACUGCCCCCGUACAAUCUGUGAUGAAUGCUGCUGCCAGGCUGAUUUUUCUUUCCUGUCGCUCCUCUCACACCUCACCUCUCUAUUAAUCCUUACACUGGCUUCCUGUACCCUACAGGUGUCAAUUUAAAUACUAACCGUUGCCUAUAAAGCCCUAACCAACUAUAGUCCCUGUAAUGGCACCCACAGGCAUAAAAGGGUUAAACCGCCGUUUAGUAGAUCUUCCCCUUCCAGAGACACAGGCACAGCUACUGCAGAACCCCAAACUCCCGAACUGGAACCUCACGAAUAGCUGCUAGCAGCUGAACAGGAAAAGUACCCAAGCAGCUUACACUCCUGGCAAUCAGUCUCUAACAGCAAACAGUAAAUCCCCCCAAGAACGAGACAAAGCUCCGUGUUGAGGGUCAAGCAGUGAACAGACAGAGCUGUGGGUUUAUUGUUCUUAUAUACACAUUCAUACACAUUGGUACCACCCACAGGGUUUUGGAAAACAACCAAUAAUCACGUACAAUACACUCAGACACUCCCACACAAAAUCCUCCCCUCUGCCUGUGAUACAAUUACCUUACACAAUGGGUAAUGUAAUUAUCACAGACAGAGAAAUACAGUUUUUCCACAUUAUUCAUAACUUGAAAAGUAUGCAUCACAUUCACUUACAUUUUCAGAAUCAGCAUACUCCAAAUACAAACAUAUGUCAGAAUAAUCCAACUUGGUCCAUUGGUUCAAAAGAUAGAUCGAAGUCCUUUGUGACCAAAUGAAGCAUGGCUUUUCUGCCCAAAACCAGUUCCACAGUGUCUUCUAUCCUGGAGAUAAUUGGGAAGUAAUCCAAUUAUAUCCAAGGACAGAGGCAAAACUCCAUUGAACACAUGGCAGUAAAAAGACAGUAAAACACACAAGAUUACAUUUAUUACAUAAAAUACAGACAUGCAACAUAUCCCCAGAUAGCUUAGGUCUGAGCGCACAUUAUUACUGAAUGGUGCUCAGACCACACACAUACAGUUCAAUCGCCAUGGAGCCAAAGUCUUUUAUUACACGAAUAGGCUCCAAGGCUAUCUGGGUUAAAUUAGUUCAUUCAGUAAAUCCGAGAAUCUACCGAACGCCAGGGCAGAAAUACAGGAAUAGACCUUUCUGCUAGGGAUCGACCGAUUAUCGGUUUUACCGAUAUAAUCGGCCGAUAUUCUGUAUUUUCGGCAAUAUCUGUAUCGGCCAAUUCAGAUACAGAUAUUGCCGAUAAUACCUCCUAGGACCGCCAGGCUCAUUACAAGCCCGGCGGUCCUGGGGGGAGCGGGCAUCAAGCGCUUACUCACCUCCCAGCAGCUCCUCCAGCUCCCCAAUGUAACUCUCGCGAGACCCGCGGCCGUCAGGGCGUUGCCAUGGGUCACCAUGGCAACGCUCCGCGCGACACGCUGGCCGCGAGAGUUGCACUGGGGAGCUGGAGGAGCUGCUGGGAAGUGAGUAAGCGCUUGAUGCCCGCUCCCCUCCAGAGCUCAGCCAAUACCACUGGACCACCAGGUACUGUCCCCCCUCCCUGCUUGUUGUCCCCCCUCCCUGGCCAGGCAACAAGCAGGGAGGGGGGACAACAAACAAAAAAUAAUUACAUCUAAAAAAAUAAUAAUAAAAAAAAUGCCCCCUCACACACACUCCAUUAUAUACACAUACAGUACACAAACACACUGUGUAUAUAAUGCAGUGUGUGUGUAUAUAAUGCAGUGUGUGUAUACAAUGCACACAAAUACACACACUGCAUUAUAUACACACACUAUCCAACACACUGUAUUAAAUACACACACUGUAUUAUAUACACACAAACACUGCAUUAUAUACACACACUAUACAAACACACACUGUAUUAUAUACACACACUACACACAAACACUGCAUUAUAUACACACACUAUACAAACACACACUGCAUUAUAUACACACACACUACACAAACACACUGUAUAUAAUGCAGUGUGUUUGUGUAGUGUGUGUAUAUAAUGCAGUGUUUGCGUAGUUUGUGUAUAUAAUGCAGUGUGUUUGUGUAGUGUGUUUAUAUAAUGCACACUACACAAACACUGCAUUAUAUACACACACUAUACAAACACACACACUCUGCAUUAUAUAAACACACUACAUUCACUAUACACACACUCUGCAUUCAUUAUAUACACACACACUUUGCAUUUAGUAUAUACAGCAUUCACUUUAUGCACACUACCCACACACUACACAAACACUCUGCUUUCAUUAUAUACACACUACACUAAUACACACUGCAUCCACUACACACACUCGACAAAUACACACUGCAUCCACUACACAAACACACAUUGCAUCCUCAACACACACUACACAAACACACACAUACACAAACACACACUGCAUCCACUACACACACUACACAAACACACACAGCUCCCCUGUCUAAACACACUGCAUCCACUACAUGUGGCAUGUAUAUUUUGUGCAUUUACCUUUAGAAAUAGUUUUUAUUUUCCAAAAUGGUAAAUGUACAGAAUAUCGGCAAAUUAUAUCGGCUAUCGGCCUGAAAGUUCACAGAAUAUCGGUAUUGGUAUCGGCUCUAAAAAAUCUAUAUCAGUCGAUCCCUACUUUCUGCAUAGGAAAAUAAAGUAUUUAAAUGCCGGUCCAUAGUCAAAAGGCAGCAGGCAGGCAACCAGGCUCCUCCAAUGCACAGUGGCGAGAUUGGUCUCGUCACAGUCCCUCUUACAUUUCUUCACUGAUUCAUAGGUAUGCCACCACUCGGUCUCUCCACUCUACUGGUGACCAUAUCCUGACUGCUGCUUGCACCCUUACUGCAAAUUCACGCCUGCAAGAUUUCUCACGGGCGGCUCAUUUACUUUGGAAUAGCCUGCCUACCCUGGUCAGACUCUCCCCUAGUCUUCAAUCCUUUAUGAAGUCCCUCAAAACCCAUCUUUUCAGGAUUGCUUAUGGCCUCCAAGAGUAACUUAUAUCUCUCAAACCUUCCUCUUGCUCUCUCCUAAAGGGCCACACUCCACUCUCACCUCCAGUUCUGCUACUUUCCCACCAUGUCAAUUUGCUGUCUCCCUCAAUACCCUUACUAUUGAGUUUUUAUACCCCACCUCCUCUAGAUUGUAAGAUCGUUUGAGCAGGAUCCUCAAUUACCCAUUGUUCCUGUUACACUUUGUUAUUGUCUCAUUUGGUAAAUUUCCCUCUUAUUGUAAAGCGCUGUGGAAUUUAACCUCUUUUUUAAAAUUUAUUUUUAGAACACUUUGAGAAAUAUCCCCUUUUGUGCUGCAGAGGACCUCCCAGACCAUUGCUUUACAUUUUUGGGCACUCAGUGGAAUGGUGAAUUUUUUCCAGGCUUUUGGCACUGGCUUCUAAGUUGUGUGGGAGCUGUCAUGUAAUCGUGCCCCUUUAGCUUUGAAAUUACCAAAAGGCAUGCUUAAGAAAACAAGUCUGACCAAAAGUGUCUUAUUGAACCUGUUCAAUUCUUAUAAGCUCUGGAGACCUGAUUUCUCCUUGGGGCUAAUCUCUCAAUGACUGCAGUUUCUACUCGGCUUUAUUGUUCCUACAUGUAACACUGCUGUCUGUAAUGUGAGAGACUGCUUGUGGGGUUCUGUAUGUGAAUUGUCAGUGGUGUUGUUUGUGACUCUUUGUGUGUGGGAUAUUUGUAUGAAGGGGAGGAUUCUUGUGCAGCUCUUUGCAUAUGAAGCAGUGUGGGUGGCUUCCCGAGGGUCCAGUGGAGGACUGGGAUGGUCAGGUACAGGUCAAGGCAGGAGCUGGGAUAGCUGCUGCGGACUCCUCUUCACAAGGCAGGGAGAAAGUGAUCUGAUAUCACUUCCUCUAAGUGCUGUAAUGUGUAAAUUGAGGAUUGUCUCUCAACACCUGCAAUCACAGCUCGGGUUGCACUAGCAGAAAUCUAAAGUCCUACUGAUAGGCCAGGGUUGUUUGGCGCUGGCAGUCUUGAGUCCCAUAGGUUGCUGACCCCAGGCUUAGAACACCUACAUUGAAAAGACUUCUAAUUGAGCUGCAUUGGGAUGUGCUGGUUGUUAAGGGAAGGGUUUGCAAAAAGGCUGCAAACACGAUCUGCAGCUUUUGCAAGCUGUUUUUAGACCCCAAUUCAAAAUACAUAAUGAAAUUCAUGCUUGUUUUCAUUGAUCCUAUAUAUCUCGUAAAUAGAGGUUAAUCAUUUUUAUUUUUUUAUCAAAUGAGUGUCCCUUUAAUAUACACGUAAUGAGUGUUAGGUUUUUCCUCAAAUGGAAUUUUUGUAAUUGCACAUGUAAGGAGUAAGUGUUACUGAUAUGUGGUUGAAGAAUGAAUUGUCCACAUUCCAAAUAUUUGCCACUUUUUGUGUCACAUUUAAGGCCUAAUUAUAAACUGCUCUGUUUAUUGUUGAGUUUAAUCAAGAAGUUAAUCGAAACCUCAGAAUCUGUACACGUUUAACUUUAAAACCCCAAGCAAGUUACUUCUCAUUACAAGCAGUCAUUGUGCUUUUCAUUCCACACCAUGCCUGGCUGAUGCCUUUUCCAAGUAUUCUGGCAAUAAAAUGCAUAUGCAUGAAAAGUAGAUUUACUUUGCUAAUACUGCAACACUGACGGUUACAUUAGUGCUUUGUAGACAUCCCGUUUUUCCAUUAGAUGUUCAGUGCAGACAUAUAAAACCUGCAUUUUUAAACCGUUCGUUCUGAAAUAUUGGAUAUUUUAUCUAUUAAAUAUUCAUACUUGCAAGUCAGCAUUGAGCUUGAUCGGAUCAUGUUGCUGGAUAUUAAUGCUCUCGGUAAGGAUUAUACAUCUGACAUUACACAUUUUAGCAGUCUGCAUUAACCCUUAGUGGAAUUAAGAAUAUUUCCUUCUCAGUUCAUUAUUUUCCUACUUUUCCUGGAGUUUAAAACACGUGCAGAACAUUGGUAUAAGAAACAUGAAAUGCAUGUAAUGUAGACAGUGCUGAGUUUAGCCAGGCGUGUAGUGAGUGGUUUUAUUUUCUAAGCUAUUUCACUUCCUUAUCCCCUCAGAUAUAAUAAAGGAGCAGAAUAAGGAGCUAAGAGGCACACAGAGGGCUAUUACCCGAGAUCGAGCAGCCCUGGAGAAACAAGAGAAACAGCUGGUAAGAGCCAUUGAUACUGUCUGCUGUAAUAGGUAUUUACACCUUGGCUUUCACAGAGAAUUGUGUUAAAUCAAGAGUAACCUAAACAAAGGGAAGAACUCUGAGCAACUCUGGACAAAGCACAUUAAAGUGCUUUAUUCCCUUUUGCUUGCAAUCUUCAUUUGUUGCCGUAGACAAAAGGUAUGUAAUUGAAUUUAUAGCACACUUAAGUGUAAGAGCAUCUAUGAGUUGUACUGAGCCUCAUUACUAAUCCCCAUGAUGUCUUGAUAUAUUUGUGAAGUGGUGCACAUUUUUACAACCCCUUGUUUUUCUUCAUUUUGAUGCUGCUUUCUUCCUUGGAGCCAUGACUUGUAAUAGGAAUGAUGACCGGAUUGUAUCGUGAAGACAGUUUAUCAUCUGGCUGAUUAUCACCUGGCUUUUUAGACAUCCUAGACAUCAUUAGGUCUAAUGUUAAAGAAAUAAAACGUUAACUCAAAGUCUGGCAAAUCCCAGGAGAUGUAGAGACAUUGCGCUGAAUUUUUUUUUAUUUAUUUUUUUAUAUUUACUACUUUACUUUUGUGCUGUAUUCCCUUCCACCUACAUUGAGAGCAGUACUUAAUCUUGCAUUAAACUCUUAAAUAUAUUGGUGCUUCUUCACUUUAUUUCCUCUCCGCAUGUAGUUCAUCAAUCUGUAUUUUAAGUAACUUAGCACUCACCUAAAGAAGAAUUGCAGCAUUUUACAAAAUUAUUAAAUAAAACAUGCUCCAGUUUCAUAUUAUCCCAUCAGUAAAGACAUCAAGUGAGAAAGCAAGGAUAAGCAUUUGUGAGAACAAAUAAUUGAAGGGCAGAAAUAAAAUAGACAUGCUAAAGGCUAUCAAGGUAAACAAUAAGUAUAUCUAAAGGGCUAGUGGUCGAGACUGGAAAGUGGCAAAAAAAGGAUAAUCUUUGAUAGUGAUUAAAAGAAUGGGCCAGUGGAUAAUGUAUUUAUUUUUAUAAAUGGUCCUCAACUUAAAGACGACCUAUCAAAUGCAGUUAAAUUCGGUAUUAAAUAGUUUGGUCGUUUUUUAUUUUUACAUAAACUUAUUUUUAUUUCAAAGUUAUAUAACAGACUAUGCUGUGUUAGAAAUAGAUGAAAGGCCAAAGAUGGAAAUAAAUAAAUUAAAAAAAAGUCACUCACUUUGGCAGCUUGUUUUCUCAUUGCAUCAAACAUUCUAAAGGGCAAAGUUAAAGGAACGCUCUGUUAGGAAAACAUGUAUUUCUAACAUUAGUGUUUUGCUGUAUAGUUAGAUUGUUUAAUUUUCUGAAAGGGGGAGCACAAAGCCUUUUUUACUUACCUGUUGUCCAUCGAUGCACCGGUUUCUGUGUAACUGCCUCUCUGCCCCAUAUGAGAUUCUUAGUGACGAUGUGGCAGCGUUGCAUCAUUCAGCAUCUCCUUUUAGAGAUGCAUUCAGACAGGAGAUGCAGAACACCGAUUCUGCAAUCUUUACAGGACCUUGCUCGGAAUACCCUCUAGUCUAGAAGAUUUUCUUGGAAACUGCAUCAUUAACACUGCUGAGAUUGCCCCAGAACCAUUUUGUUACACUGUAGUGGUUUUGGUGCUUAGAAUGACUGUUUAAUAACAUGUAGCUUUUUUUUUUUUUUUUUUUAUGAUUUAAUAGUAUUUUUGAUUUACUAGGAAAUGGAAAUUAAAAAGAUGGCAAAAACUGGUAACAAAGAUGCGUGCCGCGUUCUUGCAAAACAACUUGUGCAACUUCGGAAACAGAAAACUCGAACGUAUGCUGUUAGUUCAAAGGUUACAUCGAUGUCCACACAGACGAAGGUCAUGAGCUCACAGAUGAAGAUGGCAGGUGCAAUGUCCACAACAGCAAAGGUGAGAACUGGGCCAUAACAGUUGACUUCUAUCAGAAUAAUUUAUGAACCUGAUAUAGAGGAUCUCUGUUAGUUCAGUUUUUGGUUCUAAUUUGCCAUGUGACCAGUGAUUAGAAAAAUAAUCUGACAAUUGUUGGUUAUCUCGUCCAUAGAUUGUAUUAUUUCUCAUUUGUAUUUGUCAGUUAAUACCAUGUUUUGUAAAACAACCAAUCGUCAAACCUUUGAAUAAGUAUUAGUUUAAUAUGAAACUCGAUAGACAACCUUGUCCUGCUAUGAGGGAAUUUACAUUAUUUUCUUUGAGUGCAGUUUGUACACUGGGUUUGUGUUAUAGAUUUAUGUCCUACAUCACGAUUGGCAAUACUAUAUGCCAUACCCCUUAAUGGUGGCUUAUUCUUAAAGCUCAUCUUAAACAGGUAAUCAACAUAAUGUAUAGGUCCUGAAAGCAUGAACUGUUGGUGGGUUAGAUGCUUCUUAUUUUUUUUGCAAAGCUAAUAAUACCCCCUUUUAACUGCAAAUAUAAACAAACUCGCACGUUUGUCUGGUGCUCUCACUCCAAACACACAGAUUUAGCCCCAGUUUCACCACUGUAUUUGUCACUAGAACAAAGAUUUAUAUGUUGGAAAAAAAAAAAAAAAAACAUAAGAUAUAUUAAUUAUGUUAUACUAAAUACAUAAGAUAAAAGUUGCAUCUUCUGAAAUUUUAUUGUAUAGACUAUGCAAGCAGUGAACAAAAAAAUGGACCCACAGAAAACUCUCCAAACAAUGCAGAAUUUCCAGAAGGAAAAUAUGAAAAUGGAAAUGACAGAAGAAAUGAGUAAGUCACAUACUUUCACAAUACAAAUGCAAUUGUUCUAUGUUGUAAAUGUAGUUGAUUGAGCGCGAGAAUAUAUGUAUUAUCUGUAUGCUUCAUCACUGUUGUGCAACAAAACGUACUGGCUCCUCCUACAGGUAAAAUAGUUGAACUUCACUUUUAAGCUUCUGGCAAAAGAAUGGUCUUUGUCAUCAAAGAUAAAGAUAUGACUUAUUCUAUAACUUUAAGGAGAACUAUCUAUACAUAAUUUAGAAGCUAUGCAGAAGUAUUUGUACAAUUGAAGUGAAAUUUUUGGGGCACUUAUUGUUGAAAGUCAGCCUGCAUAAUCUACUUUUAUACAAGACAUGACAAAAGUGUUGCUGUUUAGUUCCUGUGCCAGAGCACUGCUCACAUUUGUAGGAUUGCUGGUGCUUUCAGGUUUGGCAUUUUUGGUUGAUAAAUACUUUGUAAUUUUAUAUUUUCAACAAAACACAAGUCGGGUGUAUUAUACAUGUAGAGGUAUGUUUAGAGUUAAAUAUAGACUGCCCUCCCUCAUCACAAAACCUAAAGUCUUUAGUAGCUAGACCUAAAAUUAAUAUCCAGUCUAUUUGUGAGCAGAAUUUUUUUGUGUGUCACGUCAAUGUGUAUGGAUAUAGCAAUAAAUAUGUAUAGAGUGUGUGUAAAUGUAGGAAUGUAUUUGGGUAGAGUGUGUAUAGACUGUAAUGGUAUGAACAUCCAAAAUGGAUAUACACAACACGAAAACAAUGCAUUGUAUAACAGUAUAACAGAACAGACAUCAGAUGAUUUAUAAAAAUUGUAGAUUGUACUAGAUACAUCUCAGGAUCCACUGUAUUUGAGGAGAUAAAUGCGGUCUUACCUCUCAGAUUUGCAAUCAAUUUUAAAUUUGGGAACAGCCUUCUAAAAAAAACACCUGCAUAUCAAAGGCAUUCAAUUUGUUUUUAUAAAGAGUAGCACUUACCAAGUUAAGUGUUAUAUUAGAGUAGCAUUCUGUUUGAAAGGGAAUUUGACAUGCUCAGUGUAAAGAAAGAAAAUGUAUUUGGGUCAUGAGGAAUUUAGCAUAAUGAAUAUUAAAACUCAUCCCAUGGGCUUUCUGUAAUCCUAACUCAAGUUUUUAUUACCAUUUGAUAAUUUGCUGGUAUUUAAAAUGAGGAGGGUUUUAAAACCUUUUGCUAAGCUCUGAUAAGGGAAAAACUAGCUGACAGUAAUUGGAGUGCUGUACAUGCAUAACCCUAAAUAAAGGAAUCAUGCUGUAGAAUGCAUGCACUUUAAAUGGUACUUGCUCCAUCAGUAGGACUUGCAUCCAAAAAUUAAAGCAGAAUACUACUUAAAGGAACAGUAUACUGUCAGGAUUACAAACAUGUCAGUCCUGAAGUGGCUUUAGGUGAACGUCCCCCCCUCCAAACUCAGUAAAAAGUUGAUUUGACUCCCUUAUUGUCACAUUCCGUGCCGAUCUCGCUGUGGCUGGCCUGCCAGGCUCCACAUCCAUGGCGGAGAUCAGCAACCUUGAUCUGUGCAACUCCAGUACUUUCCCAAUAGAAGAGCAUUGAUAGACUAUUGCAUAUGCACAGCAAAACGUCACACUGCACCAAUCAGCAUCUCCUAGAGAUGCAUCUCUAUGGGGAACAUGCAGAAUCUUUAUGCAGAGUGUGCAACACUGACACAGGAAGCACCUCUACUGGCCGUCUGAGUGACUGACAUUAGAGAUGCUACAAAGCAGCAAUGUAAACAAGGCAUUUACAUUGGAAAUCCUGCUAAAACAAGCAGGCAUCAUCCACAGACUUCUUGAAAAAGAAUACAUUACUAUUUGGGAUUAUUGUGGAUCUAUUCUCAUUCUAUUUCUCUCUUAAAUGCCUGUAUGUAUUUGUGUGUGCAGUACGAAAAUCUCACUGAAUUGAUUUUUGUCCUUUUACUAGUAAACGACACAUUGGAUGAUAUUUUUGAUGCGUCUGAAGAUGAAGAAGAAAGCCAAGAUAUUGUCAACCAGGUGUUGGAUGAAAUUGGAAUUGAAAUUUCGGGAAAGGUACUACUUUUUCCUCAUAAUAUUUAUUUUUAAUCUUUACAGUGACUUUUUGUUAUUUCAACUUGUUUUAUAUAGUUUAAACUGCAAAUUGAAAUCUCACUUUUUCUUUUAUGUAUGACUAACAGAGAAAGAAAGUACAUAAGAGUUAACAUGCCUUUCAACUAGAUGGGUAUAAUAUUUGUGAGUUCUAAAAACUAGAAUAUCAAUAUAUAGACAUUUUGUGUGAUGUUAAAACUUGACGUUCAAACCAUUAUUGGUAAAACACAUAUUAACAUAAGUGGCCGGACAUGUUUUUGACCCUGAAAGGGUUAAAUUGAGGCUCUGUACUUAGCUAGACCUUGCUGAUGGAAUUAUCAUACGCACACAUAUUAUUAUUCUUUUUUUAUUAUUUUGUUAUGCUUGCCAGACUGUCCUGAGUUCAGGAGUAAGAUUUAUGCUUACUAAAAAGUCACUAGGACUCAUAGUACUUGCCAAAGUGAAACCAUAUUCAUAACAAUGCACAAUAAAGCCAUGUGAAAAAUGUACACUUUAACAGUAAAAUAAUAAGGGAAAAUGAGCUGAUCCAGGAGCCCCAAAAGACAACGAUAAAGGGCUGGUGUAUUAGCUCCAAAAACACGACCGCUGUUACUCUCACUGAUGAUGGGGGAUUACCCACAGGUAGUUUUUUGGUUUUUUUUACACUUUAACAGUAUUUACCUUCAUAAUUUAGGGAGAUAGCAUAUUUUCAUAAAAGGAGUCAACAUAUCUUAAGACUUCAGCAUAUUGACUUAAUUUUAAGCAGUUUUAUGAAGUGAUUGACAAUCGAGGUUACAAGAUGAUCAUGUUAAGUCGGAGCUAAUGUGAUUUUAGUAUUAUCAAGAAAAUAAAAUAGACAUCAUAGUACAAACAUAUUCAAAGGAGAUGGAAUGAUACAUUUCCAGUACAUUUAAGGCAUAAUAAAUCAAAACAUAAACAAGAAAAACCUAACAAGCCAAAACAAAGCCUCAUAGCCAUAGUCUAUAAUUAGGUAAAAUAGAAUAAGAAUUAAAAGCAAAAUAAUAUAUGUCCGAGUUCGUAAAAAAACAAAGAAGGCCAAAAGAUAUGAGUUUUGACAUCACAUUGCAAAAAGGACAUAUCGAUCUUGGAUGGCCAUGAUGGUCAAAGGGGUUAAGAGGCCAUGCUGCAUGGGGGUGGGAGCAUUACCUAAAGUUUAUGUAAAUUCCAGUUGGUAUGUUGAAAUGUAUGUUUUGAUUUUUUUUUUUUGUUGCAAUAGUAUGUUAAAGGAAUUACCAACCAAUCUAUACAGAAAGCAUGCUAGAGUUUGGAAAACAGGAAUGGUUGGGGAAUCCUCUUGGAUCCAGUGUAGUAAUAUAUGUUUGCCUGCCACUGAUGCCAGGACAUAUACUGUCUUAUUGUGACCUAGAGACUUUUUAUAUAAAAUACUGAAAAAUCCAGUAUUAUCAUUAAUAUUUUAGUGCCAAUGGAUCAACAGUUUAUUACGCCUUAUUGUAUCUAGGUCUUCUAGUUUAAAAUUCUUUUUUUUCCCCCCCUCUUUCUUAUAGAUGGCAAAAGCACCAUCGGCAGCCAAAGGAUUACCAUCUGCAUCUUCAGCUAAAUCCUCCACCAUUUCCGAUGAUGAAAUUGAGCGCCAACUAAAAGCGUUGGGAGUAGAUUAAAUCUUACAAUGAAAAGCCUUCACGUGUUCUAACGCUAAACUGUGUGAACUUGUAUUUAGCUAUCAAUGAAACAACACAACCCUCCCCCCGCUCUACCCUCUGAAGAAUUAUGGUCUAUUUUUUGAUGAGGAAUGAUAGAAGAUACACUUUGUUUUUCUCGUUAACGGACUCUUUUGUUGACCUGUACAAAAGUAAUUGUGUAUAUAUAAUAAUUCAUAACUGUAUAUACAUUUCCAUUUACUUCUGAAGAGCGCCUCCGCAGGCAGUACUUGAUGUACAAUUUUGUAAAAUAUUCCUAUUAAAUUUUAGAGGUCUUCUUUGUUGGGAUAACCUACAAAUCCGAAAAUACUUGGACGUUGCAUUGUAACAAAUUCAUCUAAUAUUAUUGCAUGGUAUUCUAGAUUCCCCAUUGCAUGUAACAAAGUUCCCCAAAAAUUUGUUUGUACAUUCAAUGAACUCGUGUAGAGGGUAACAUUAUUAGUCUAAGUAAAAUAUCUUGCAUUAUUGCAUCAUGGGGCCUUGUUUACAAUUGGGGAAAUAAACUCCUUAGACUAGCACAGGGAUUGUUUAUUCCCCUUCAAUUUAUAACCUCUUAGUAAACCUACUCCGAUAUUUUGCCUGUGUACAAACAAUCUGCUUCCUUGGUACAGAGCGUCUAACUUUUUUUUGAAAGUUUGCCACAGCUUUAGUGCUAAAUCAAGAAGGGGAGAAAACUUUUGUAGGAACAACACUUAACUUAUUUAACCCAUGUUAUUGUUUCUUUAUUUCAUGGUUAUUUUAUUCUAAUUGCUGUAAAUGGUUGCCAAUAAGAAAGAAUGUUUUUCUUUUGAAACCACAGAAUGGUGAUUUUUCUCUGUCAUUGAGUAAGCAGAUUUUAAGGAAGGACUAUCACAGAAUACAGAAGAUUUGAUAACACGGAGUUAUAGUGCAACUUUAAAGAAAUCUUUUUGUGAAAUAGAGUGCAUUGCUAAAACUUCACAUCUUAUGGCAAAAUGUUAAAAAAAAAAAAAAAAUACCCUCCUGUUUGAACUAGUUUUUGGUAUUUUUGUUCUUGUUUUUAAUACAAUUCUUACAUGAUCAAACAAUUUCUGGGAAGCUUGGUGAGCUGGGAAUUCUGGUUUGACUUAUUUCAUAUGCUGUUAACAUCCAUUUUUGUGCCUUUUGUAAAUUAAAGCCUUAUCCUAACCAUCUUAUUGUGUUUUUAUAUAUUUUUUUCUCCUCUAAAUUAAACAUGCAGCAGUAAACAAACCAUUUGAAAAUCUAAUCAAUGUCCAAACUUGCUGUAUGGAAAAUAGUAGGUUUCUACUGUUCAGAGUAUUAGUAUUACAGAGACGCUCAAUGAAGUGGCCUUGGUGCAGUAUCUCUAUUGUUUUAGCCCCGCAAUGUAAAACAUGACUGUUUAGUAGAUAUGCCAACAUUUCCAUUGCAGGGCUAACUAAACACAAAAAAUUGUUCAAAAUCUCUGCAUUUCUAACAAAGUAGAUACACACGUUUAACAGUAAUGAAUACACACAUAACCAUUAAAGUGGUUCAAGGUCAAAGACCAAAAUAGAAGUUGCCAAACUUUUGUAUAUAUCUAACAUAGAAAAUGUAUCUGUCAAAAAUAGAAAAAAAAAACUGUUAAAAGUUUAAAUGUUCUUUAAAAAAAAUUGUAUUACAAAUUUCCCACCCACCUAUUUGGC